UGAAAGCGGCAAUGGUUCUAGUCAUUCACGCGCGAACACGACCAGGUACCACCUAACGAAAAACAAGCGAAGACCGCGACCGCGCGAUUCGAAUUUUUGCGGGAGAUGCCUCAAAAAAGAAAAUCGCUGCUAGUACGAACGAACCGAAAAUAGUUCCAAACGUCUUUAAGGAAUAAAAAAGUAAAAGUACUUCUAGACCCAGCGGCCAUAACUCAAAAUGUAGAUAAUUUUUGCGGCCUCAAGGGUGUCAAAUUGUUGCGAAAAGUGCUACAAGCGCUUUAAGUGUAUCAAGUGGUUAUUUUUAUAUCGUAGUGGAUAGUGACUAAGAGUAAAAUGAGGGUAAUCGACUUGGUAUGGUUUCUCGUGAUAAGUGCUGUUCAGGCCAAAGAAGAGGAUAAAGAGAAGCCGUUGAAUAAUACUAGGGAAGCGAGGGAAUAUUUAAGUGAGGGUUGGAGAGCUGUGGAAGUGAUUCCCGAAGGCGCAUCUGGAUGGAUACCUCACGACCUCUCAGCAGAUCAAACGUACCCUCUUAUAGUCAAACGAAGACGAUUGAAAAAACGACGACGGCGACCUCAGAUUAUCGUGGACACCAGCAUCGAGACAAUCUCCGAGGAGAGCGUUUCUGUGGAGAGAAGACCGAUACGACCUCAAAAAACGGACAAGGAUGUGGAGAGACCUCAAAAAACGGAAGAGAAUACUGGAGAAACUCCAUUGGUAGAGAUUGAUAAAGAAACAGGAAAGAAUCAGAGAAAGAAAACUAGGCCACUUGAAAAAGGAAGACCUCACGUAGAAAACAGUGAAGAUCAAGAACAAAAAAGUGAAACAAAACCCCAAUUGGAUAAGGAGGAUCCAAAACGACCUCGUGUACCUGCGCAUAGACCUCAAAAAGUGCACCAAAAUCAUGAUGAAGCUCUCAAGCCUGAAAACCACAAAAGUACGCGCCUUCCAUUACCUCAAAAUGUAGAUGAUAGAGACGACUCUCAAGAACUGCCUGCCAUACGAAAGAGGAAGCCCAGUCCUCAAAAGUUGGAGCAAGACUAUCAACCUCAAAGAUCAAAGGAAGAAGAUGGAGAAGGCUCUUCUAAGACCGAGGAAAGUGAAGAGGUGCCCCAGAUUCAAAGGAGGAAGAUCAAGCCUCCCAGGUUGGACCGAAUCGAGGAGUCAUGGGAAGAUAUGAAGGACGAGAUGGACGUUAGGCCGAAUAUAAGAAGGAGACCACCUCCAAAGUAUCAGUCCUCAUCCGAAGAGGGAGCUGUGGUGUUCAAGAUGGCCGAAGAAGUUGACAGCUAUGGAAAGAGACAAGGUUCAAGAUUACCCAACGAAGACAAAGACUCGGCCUUAGCGGACCUGAAGUCGCUCCUGAAGAAAUCUCAAGGCAGCAUAAGUCUCAGCGAGAUACUUCAACAGAAAAACCUUUCUCUAACAGAGGUGUUGAACGGUAACCAAAAGGCAAUAUCAGCCUUAACGGAGAAGCCCGUGGAAGCCACAGAACCAAUGCCUACCAAGGUUUCAGAGUUGCAACUCACUAAACACAAAAGGCUGCCUCCAUCUAUCGCUCUUAAGAAGAACUUCAGCAGAACUGAAGAUAACGGAGACAUCCUGUCCACUAAAGAGCUUCAAGAGGCGCAGAAGAGAAGAACGGCCAUUUUGCAAAAUCACAAAGAAAACAAAAUCUUCUCUACCGUUACCAAAAUGGAUGUGGUCACGGAAGCGCUUACAGAAAGGAGAAUCUUCGUACCGUCACAUCCAAAGUUAUAUACUUCUCUCAACUAUAAACCUGACUUUGCCACUUAUUUUGAGCUUUCAACAGAACCAAUUACAAACGAAAUCCAAACUACAACCCCUACAAGUACAACAAGCUCCACAACUACUGGAAGAAUGCAUUUGAAACCAAAAAUCAAGUCUCCGAUUGUCAAAAUCACUAUCAAACCCCACAAAAAUAGCGAAGGGACACCACCUUUCCCACAACCAAUUAAAAUUGAUAUCAGCGAGGUUCUAGGGUUUGAAGAACAUGAGAAGUUUAAAGAUGAACCUUUAAGAAUGCCUAUUGAAAUAGACAGAACCACAAAUCGUAUAGAUGAACCAAGUACUACUGUUAGUACAAAUGACGAUUUAAAAGAAAUUUCAUCUGCUGAGAAAGCACCACAUAUAACAGCGAAAGACGAAAUCAGCGAAAUUCUCAAAGACGCAAAAGAUAGAGAAAGACUAGCUAAGAUACUAGAAAGUCGAAAUAUGACUUUGGAAGAGCUGGUAGAGCAAAGAGAACGUGGUUCGAGUCAGCUCCACCUUGCUGAUAUCUUCCACAACAAAACCAAAGAGCCCAAACCUGUUGGCGAGCCACACGUAGGUAGAAUCAUGUCUCAUUUCGUUCACAGUUUCCCAAUGUUUAGUGCGCCAAGAGAAUUUCCUCAAUCAGGGAACAUUGACUCUAAACUAGGAUCGAUAUUUGAACAGAAGAAUAUUGUGCAAGCUGUUCCAGAAGGUAAGCCUGAAGGUGUAAUUCUCCUUGGGCAGAUAGAAGACGCAACUAAGUUAGGUAUACAUCCAGGUGAAGUUUUGCCAGAUACCCUUCCAGCUUUUACAAGAAAGCAAAAGAGUUAUGGAGUAGAAACGGCCACGGAACCACCAACAAGUACCAAGUCAAUCGUUGAAGCACCAAGUACGAUGAAAGUCGAGGAGUUCCAGAGUAAUGUCGUUACAAGCGCAAAAGUUGUGGAAACUGAUGACCAACCGAGACCGACAGAUCAAGCUCUUUCUUUCGGUAAAGUAGACAUAGAUCACGUGGAUUCUUUGAGUUGGCAAAAAGUAUAUCCUGAGCUAUUUCCAGAACUAUAUGGAGGUGUUAAGGGAAAUACUUUCAUCACCGCACCUCCGGUCAAUUUGGACGAAACUUUGCAACGGCUGGAAGAAACCGAUGACAGUUCAAUGUUAUCAUCUAAAGAACGCUUCUCGUUAAAUAAGUUCGACGAUCAGGCGUUCACAAAAAUACCGACAGGCGUCAAAUCAGUGCUCAUCGUCAGUUUUUCUAUUAUCGGUCUGUCUAUUCUGGUUUUCCUGACUAUUUUGAUGGUGUUCAGAUGGUUGCAGAAGCAACGGAGGAAGAUGAAUUACUGCGGAAGUUUAUCUUCGAAACUGAGAUCUCCAAUGUUGAUGCAAGGCAGUCCCACGGCUGCUAUUAAGACUUUUAUGAAUGAAACUUUGGGUAGAAGGAAGCAUUACUAUAAGUCGAACGUGCACUGUAUGACUGACGAUACGUGGGGAUGUGAUAGGGAGAGAACGCCUUCGUUUUAGGAAAUUGUGAUGUUGGAAAAAGUACUGACGACUUCGUGCACUAUUUUUACUUUCUGAGGAAGCGUUAUAGGUGUACACAACUUUGCAAUAGGGCAUUUUCCAAUAUUUUAAUGUAGGCGAAUUAUUAAUCGCCAGCAUCCGUAGCCAAAACAACCUAUUGAAAAAAUGUAAUGGUGACCUUGACUUUGAGCGUCAAGGUCAUUUGACGACCAUAGUCAAGGUCAUGAACAUACCAUACUUGAACAUUUCCACUCUUCACAUUUCAGAUGUUAAAAACCGGAUAAUUUAAUAAAACUGUCAUGACCUUAACAAAAGCUUGAAGGUUCUAGUCAAGGUCACAUUCAAGGUUACCUUUAUAUCACCCUUUUCAACACUGAAACCAUUUUCUUUAUCGAUGUAUUUUGUCAUUUCACACUGAAAUACUCACGAAGGUCAUGGUCAAGGUCAUGGGAAAAAUCAUACGCAAAAUUUCCUGCUCAUUACAUUUCCGGUGUCAAAAAUAAGGGUUUCAUUUAAUAAAACUGUCUUAACCGUAAUAUGACAUUGAAGGUCAGUCAAGGUGACGUUAAACGUUACCACGAUAUGACCUUUUUCAAACGUUACACCUUCUGCUAUACUUUUCUUGAAGAAGCGUAUUUUUUCGAUAUAUUAUGCACUUUCGCGCUCAAAUACUCAUAAAGGUCAUGGUUAAGGACAUUGGCAGAAAUAUUCGUAAAAUUUUCUGGUCUUUACAUUUCCGGUGUCAAAAGUAAAGAUUCUCAUUUAAUGAAACUGGAUUAACCUUAACAUGACCUUGAAGGUCAACUAAAGGUCACGUUCAAGGUUCACAUUAUAUGAACCUUUCCAAACCAUACAGCUUCAUUCUAAUACAAUUUUCUUUAUGAUGCGUAUUUUUUCGAUAUACACCCAUUUAGUCCUUUCACGCUCAAAUCCUCAUAAAGGUCAUGGUUAAGGUCAUGAACAGAAAAAUACGUAAAAUUUCCCGCUCUUCACGGGGUUUGAUUUAUUAAAACUGUCUUAACCAUAACAUGACCUUGAAGACAACGUCAAGGUCACGUUCAAGGUUAACGUUAUAUGAAUGAUUUUUUCGAUAUAUUUCGUCCUUUCACGCUGAAAUCCUCAUAAAGGUCAUGGUCAAGGUCAUGAAAAAAUACGUAAAAUUUCCCGCUCUUCACAUUUCUCGUGUGGAGAAUACGGGGUUUCAUUUAACUUUAACAUGACCAUGCAGGUCAUAGUCAAGGUCACGUUCAAGAUUACCAUUAUAUGACACUUUCCAAACGUUACACCUUCAUUCUGCUACAAUUUUCUUUAUGAACGUAUUUUUCCAUAUAUUUUGUCCUUUCACGCUCAAAUACUAAUGAGGUUCACGGUCAAGGUCAUAGUUAAGACUCUUCUUUAACUUGACAACUUUUGUCUCCAACAUUUUUCUCUAGGAAACGUAAUCUUCAAGAUAUUUUGAUGUAUGAUUAGUUUUUUACCGCCCUGUAUUUUGAAAGAUGUUUUGGCUAUGGAUGCUGACGAUGUCGCUAAUGGUUUCUCGACAAGGAGGGCUCUUAAACUUAUCGUCAGCAAUUUUACUAUUAGUUUUAGUGAUUUUGACGUGCAAUAUGAUAAUUAGUGAUAAAAUGAAUAACAGAACUGAAUAUGUAAUAUUUGUCUAUGGUCAUUCAGAGAUAACGGAAUUUUUUUCUCAGUAAAAUGACUGACAGAUUUUCUGUCACAGAUAUUUUUCUCUAUUUUCUCUCAAUGUAACUGGUCAUAAUGAUAAAAUACUUCGGUAAAAAUUCAGGUAUGGUUGCGUUUUUUUUUGUUACCUUUUUCGCAGCUCCCAUUUUAACAACCAUAUGACGUUAUAUUAAAAAACUGAUUUAUUGAUUUCAAUUGUUCGCUCAACAAGUGUAAUAUAUUAUCGUGUACUUUAGUUUAAGCUGCCA